UUCUUUUUCUUUUCCUUUGCUCCGUAUAUAGUUCACAACCACAAUGCUGUACGAUCCGGUGCGCAAGAAAGAUUCAUCACCCACAUAUCAAACAGAGCGGGAUGUUUGCUUUCAGUACUUCACACAGUGGAGCGAAGCCGGACAGGUGGACUUUGUCGAGCAGCUGCUAUCACGCAUGUGCCACUAUCAGCACGGACAGAUCAAUGCCUAUUUGAAGCCGAUGCUUCAGCGCGACUUUAUCACACUGCUGCCAAAAAAAGGUCUCGAUCACAUUGCCGAGAAUAUUUUAUCGUAUCUGGAUGCCGAGUCACUUAAGUCUGCUGAGCUGGUGUGCAAGGAAUGGCUUCGUGUCAUCUCCGAGGGCAUGUUGUGGAAGAAGUUGAUUGAGCGCAAGGUGCGCACGGAUUCGCUGUGGCGCGGCCUCGCCGAGCGUCGCAAUUGGAUGCAACAUCUGUUCAAGCCACGGCCCGGCCAAACACAGAGACCGCACUCAUUCCAUCGGGAACUAUUCCCCAAGAUCAUGAAUGAUAUUGACAGCAUAGAGAAUAACUGGCGGACAGGACGGCAUAUGCUGCGCCGCAUCAAUUGUCGAUCUGAGAACUCAAAGGGUGUCUAUUGCCUGCAGUACGAUGAUGGAAAGAUUGUGUCCGGCCUAAGGGAUAAUACCAUUAAGAUAUGGGACCGGACGGAUUUGCAGUGCGUCAAGACACUAAUGGGACACACUGGCUCAGUUCUGUGCUUACAAUAUGAUGACAAGGUGAUCAUUAGUGGCUCCAGCGAUUCCACGGUGCGUGUAUGGGACGUCAACUCCGGGGAUAUGGUGAACACGCUGAUUCAUCACUGUGAGGCGGUGCUACAUUUGCGUUUUAACAAUGGUAUGAUGGUCACAUGUUCCAAAGAUCGCUCAAUUGCGGUCUGGGACAUGACAUCGCCCAGCGAGAUCACGCUGCGUCGCGUCCUAGUCGGCCAUCGUGCCGCCGUAAAUGUAGUGGACUUUGACGAGAAGUAUAUUGUGUCCGCCAGUGGGGAUCGCACUAUCAAAGUGUGGUCGACAUCGAGCUGUGAAUUCGUGCGUACACUGAAUGGCCACAAGCGUGGCAUCGCUUGCCUGCAAUACAGGGAUCGGCUAGUAGUCAGCGGCAGCUCCGACAAUUCAAUUAGGCUGUGGGAUAUUGAGUGCGGAGCUUGUCUUCGCGUGCUGGAAGGUCACGAAGAGUUAGUGCGCUGCAUCCGCUUCGAUACGAAGCGCAUUGUCAGUGGUGCCUACGACGGUAAAAUUAAGGUCUGGGAUUUGGUUGCAGCGCUGGAUCCACGCGCCGCCUCCAAUACUUUGUGCCUCAACACCCUCGUGGAACAUACUGGUAGAGUUUUUCGCCUUCAAUUCGAUGAGUUUCAAAUUGUCAGCAGCUCACACGAUGAUACCAUUUUGAUAUGGGACUUUCUGAAUUUCACGCCCAAUGAGAAUAAGACCGGCCGAACUCCAUCGCCGGCCCUCAUGGAACAUUAACAUUUUGUGCAAAUGCAGCUUCGGGCGCUUCAGCUCUAUCCCUCGAGCGAUGAGGAGGGGCAAGUGGGCGACGACGAUGAUGACGACAACGAGGGCCGUGUAAUUGCAGAACAUGAGAAUAUCGAGCUGGAGUCAUUUGGUUAUAAUGUUGAUAAUCUGUAUAAUGCUGUUCAAGAAAACUAAUGAGUAAUACUAAGCCAGCAAAUAGCAUUGAGACUCGUCCAUUAAAUUAUGUUGAACCCAAGAUACUGCGAUCUCCGAUUUUACCGAAAUGCACUUAGAAAAACAAAUUACAAAAA